AUGCGCCUUUGUGUGUGUGUGUGUGACUGCGAGGAGAAGUGCGCAGUCAACAAUCCUUCUUACGGUGCCGCACCACCAGCCAUGACGGACAGUGAGUCGGACGCGGGGAUCAUUCACGUCCGCAAUCGGCUCCUCGAGCUCAUGUACAGCACCGACGCCGUUUUCUCCGUCGACCAGCUUGCACGCAUCCUCGGCGUGGACGAGUCGCGGGUGCUGCACGAGCUGCGGCACUCCCACGUGCACGACGUGGUGUACGACCCGGUGGACGGCACCGUGCGGGUGCGCAAGCAGCAGCGGGCGGCCGCGCAGUCCGACGGUGGUGGUGGUGGUGGUGGUG